CAUCAGGAGACCGUGAUGAACAUAAGGGACUUUUAACCCACAUGACAGUCAUUUUCACUCUAGAUGGACACUUGCUUUAACCACAGCACAAAGACUAACCUUGUGAAGAAAACAACAGUAGUUUCAGAAGAGAUGACCUCCCAAAUCAGACUGAGGCUGCUGCCGAGUGCCAGAUGUUUGUUCGAUGAGCCCGUUCAGGUGAAGGUGGCCGGGCUGAGGUCGAGGCAGGUGGUCACCAUGAAGGCCAGAUCGACUGAUGAGAAGGGAGUGGUGUUCAGCUCCUCGGCCACCUACAGGGCUGAUGGGAGCGGGGAGGUCGAUCUGGAGAGAGACUCCUCACUCAGUGGGAGUUACGUCGGGGUUGAACCAAUGGGUCUGCUGUGGUCGAUGAGGGCGGACACCUUGCAUAAAAGGUUUAAAAAAAAACAGGUCACUAAACCCUCAUGUGGUGAAGUUCUCUGUUCAUGA